AGUCUCUACCCGGCUUUCCCGCGCGUUGAUUCUAGUAUUCGUUUUGCGUCAAGCUUUAGAAUGAACCAUUAACUCCCCAGCUCAUUAGACACGCUGGAGACGGGAAGACCAGUUCCCAGACGCCUUCUGUGAUGGAGGAAGAGGCCAGCAAGGUGGAAAUGACGGCCAGUCCCGUGUUUCAGGCGAAAUUGCAAUCCCUGGAGAAACUGAACACUUCCUUCAGUGAGUUCAGUGAAGAAUUCAGCAAACUGAAGCAAUCUUUUCUCGACUACAAGACAAAGAGCUUUUUCUUUCCACACCUUGAACUUACCAAGCCAUUUGUUCAACACUUAAAGCAGAUUGAGGGUGAGCUCCAGGUUAUGGGUAACUUGCUGAAGAAGGAGGUUGGCAAUAAAUUUGAGAGUAAAGUCAGCAGCCCAAAUGUUUCACUGAAUGCUGCUGACUUGCCUGAGCUGACCGGACACACACCAGACCACUCAGAAAUCCCAGGGAGGGCGAGUGGGUUUGCAGGCAUCACACCCCCGGCCUCCGAGGUUGGCAACGAUGAGAUCUUGGCAAUAGCUAUAGAGACCACAGACAACAACAACAAGCGGAAAAAUAGAACCUCCGCAGAGCUGCCAUCUCCCAAGAGUAAGAGGCUGCGGAGAACCUUGAUAGAUGACUAUAUGACCAAGAAAGAUGGCCGCAAGAACUCAGAAGGUGAUGAGCAGCAGGAAGAGGAAGAGUUUGAAGUCCUGAGUAUAGUAGACAUGAAGAAAAGCCAGGGUAGCUACACUUACCACGUCACCUGGAAAGGCUACGGCCCCGAGGACAACACAUGGGAGCCUUCCUCUAACCUGACCAGCUGUGAGGAGCUUCUAGUGGAGUUCUUCAAAAGCAAGUUCAGACAAAGGGACAAGGAAGAUCAGAAAAUAGAGGAUUUGUGUUUCUUUAUGCACUAUGAUCCAAGCAUCAAAGGCGCCAUCCGAAGAGCAGUGUUUGAACACUAUUGUGACGACAGCAGAAUAGAUUAUCGCAGCAUAAUGGCACAGGUCUUCUCAGCCAAAUCCAUGGUGUCCAGGCCUCAGAUAGACAUGGACGAACUCAUCGAGAGAGCCAUUAUUGCAAGGAAGAGAGAGAAGUUCAUGAAGCACCUGAAGAUGAUACAGGAGGAGAAGAUUACACAAGAUGUCAAGGGAAAGCGAGAAGUGCAGUUAGCAGAGUUAAGGAAGUGGGAGAGGAAGAUCAACUCCAUCUGCUCUGACCCGGCCAAGCUUUGUGUGGAAAACAACAUUGACCUUGAAAUGCCUCCCAUGGACUUUGUGUACAUCAAUGAGUGCCGGGCUGGGGAAGGAGUCACCAUUCCAUCUGAUCCACUGGUUGGCUGUGAGUGUGAGGACUGCAGUACCAACAAAAGAUGUUGUGCCACACAGAUGGGAUCAUGGGUUCCUUACAACAAGGCUGGCAGAGUCAAGGUCUCCCUUGGCACUGCCAUUUACGAGUGCAACAAACGUUGCUUAUGUGGUCCCAACUGCUCAAACAGAGUAGUGCAGAAGGGCCGCACCAUCAGCCUCUGCAUUUUCCGCACUGCGAAUGGCCGCGGCUGGGGAGUGAAGGCGAUGGAAAACAUAAAGAAAGACUCCCUAGUGACGGAAUAUGUUGGAGAGGUCAUAACUUCAGAAGAAGCAGAGAGAAGAGGAAGGAUUUAUGAUGCUCAGAGGUGCACAUAUUUAUUUGACUUGGACUAUAACAAGGGUGACCAGAACCCGUACACUGUGGAUGCUGCCAAGUUCGGUAAUGUCUCCCACUUCAUCAACCACUCGUGUGAUCCCAAUCUGGUUGUAUAUAAUGUGUGGGUGGACUGUCUUGAUCCAGACCUGCCAAGAUUAGCUUUGUUUGCCACGCAGGACAUCAAGAAAGGUGAAGAACUCACCUUUGACUAUAACUCAGGACUGGAAUCUGAAUCAAACAUGAAAAAAGAGCCUAAAGAGGAAGGCUUCACAACCCCAGAGAAAGGAAAGGACGAACAGGAUGCUCCAGAACUGUUCAUGAAGACCCCCAAGGGUAACAGAGGACUGCAGUAUGGCAAGACUCGCUGCAGAUGUGGGGCUGCCAAUUGCAGGCAGUACUUCUUUUGAUUCUUUAGGUUUUCAGUGUGUGUGUGUGUGUGUGUGUGUGUGUGUGUGUGUGUGUGUGUGUGUGUGUGUGUGUGUGUGUGUGUGUGUGUCCAUGUGUGCGUGUGUGUGUGUGUGUGUCACGAGCUAGAUGUGAUGUAUAUAUUUGUGUCUAGUACUGUGUGGAGAAAAUUUUUCUUGCCCCAAUUUUUUUUUUCUCUCUCUUUUUUUUCUUCAUUAAUGGGUCCUGUAUAUUUAUUACAUUUAAGAAGUAUAUUUCAUUUAAUCAGCACUCAUUUAAAUUGCAACUAAUUUAUUUAUUUGAAGUAUUCUUGAUAAGUACUUUGAAAGUUUAGUCUUAUCCAUCUGCAGUUACUUCCUCAGGGAAUGCCCUUGAGUGGGGUGAGCAACAGAACUUUAGUGUGCUUUCUUUAAGUAAUUUUAUAUGAAAGAAAAUAUGUUAGCUGUAGGAUCUCUCAAGUGCUCUACAGUCUGCAGACAAAUUAUUGCAUAAAAUACAAGUAGAGGACAUUGUAUUAGAUAUUUGAAAGAGUAAAUAAGAGACCUUUAGUUGUAGAGAUGAAGUAUAGGAGCAACAGAGGUGUUAUAGGGAACACGUAUCAAUAGAUGGGGAAGUUUGUAGAUUAAAAAUAAAAUAAAAAGAGAUAACGAUAAUAAUAACAGGAAAUGUUGCAGUUAAAACAUCCCUGCUGAGCCUUCCCCACUUUGGCCAGAUGUUGAGUAAUGCCAGCAGUGGAGGGGCUUUUGCUCGUUCAGUUCUUAGCACCCGUGUAACUAUACUUUCUAUUUUUAUACAUAUAUCAUUCCUGGUUCUAACAUGCAUGUAGAUGUACAGUACAUGCAAGUUUUUUUUCUUUUUUAAUGAGUGCUGUUUGGUUCUCUUUGCUUGUCCUGAGUUGAGAUAUCACUGUGAAUAGAACAAAGCCAAUGGAGUACACAAGCAAGUGUAUGUGAAAGAUAAUUAUUAAUUUAUGUUACUGAAAUAGGACUGAUAUGCUAUUGGUAAGCUCAAAUCUGUGUGGCUGAACACCUAGCAGUAUGUUUAUUGAUAUUAUUAACUGCAUUCAAACGACUCACUGCUGCAGCAUGAGCUGAGAUCAUGCACAGCUAAAGACAGUUUGGUUUUGUUAUUCAGAUUUAAUCAAUUAUAAUUUACUUUGCCUAAAAAUAAUGCCAUGAUUUUUUAUUUAUUUAUUUAUUUAUUUUUUUUUUUUAUGCAUACUUUUAUGAAAUGGUUUUUAUUUAUUUUAUUUCAUUUUUUAUAUUUUUUUUAUCUUUUUCAUUAAUGAUAUAUGAAUUACAUAAUAUUUUGGUGUGAUUCAGCUUGAUAAUUCAUUAAGUUCUUGCUCUUUAUUUAUUAAGACAUUCAUCUGAGCACCAAAGCUAUGGUAUUAUGUAUAAUGUACUCUUGUGAGUAGCAUCUAAUCCGCAAAUAAAAAAAAAAUUGGGAAUCAACUUUUUGAGUGUAGUAGAUAUAUUGUAUUUUCAUGGAUAGCAAGUAUGAAAAUCCUUCUUCAUAACUGAAAUAAGAUUAUAUUCUUUUGCAACUUGAAGGUUGCAAAGGACACAAGGACACAGUGCAUGAAAGCAUUGUGAGAUCUCCAGACAGUGAUGUCGUGUCUGUGAUACACAGCGAUAUGAAAACCUCUUUUGAUGCUGUGCGUUGUGCAAUGAGCCAACUAUAGACUGGAAAUACCAGCUCACUUAAAUCAUUAGUUCUGUGGUGUAUUGUAUUUGAUCAUUAUUCCAACACCUGGUGUAUGGCUGGUGUGAAGGUACAAAUGUAUGCAUCACUGGGUGAGUUAUAUUUUGUAACUUAGUGCAUAAAACUUAGCUUAGUGUCUGCAAGAACUGUUAUAGUACAACUGUUUGUAAUUACCUUGUAAAAUGCCCUGGCUGGAAUAAAUAGAUAUUUGUAAUCAGUAUUUUAUGUGAUGCAGCAAGAAAAAAUUAUUUUUGUUCCAAAGUAUCAGUGUAGUGACAUGAUUUUUUUUUUCUGUAGUAAGAGUGCAUCCAUAAACCAAUUGUAGUGUUAAGUGACUGUAAGGAUGGCAUUCCAUCCAUAAAAUAUACUUUUAUUAUGAA